AUGAAACACAUCAAACAGCUUGAAGAGUUCGUCUACCCACCUUUGGAAGGCAGGGAAUUAAAGAAAACACUUUUGUCUGCUGUUUUCAUUGAGGCGUCUGCAAAGCUUAACAUCUAUCAACGCAGUCAAAUGAUAAACGCUGGACAGUGUGCUUUUAAGGAGAGCACUUCAAAGUCCAAACAAAGUUCACGCCGAAGCUCAACAAAGGAAACAAGCCGCAACCCGGAUGGCAGAGAAAAGGCAGCGCUCAGUGAGAAAAUGUUAAAUGAAAUAAGAUUAGAUCAAGAGCUGACUUCGUUGCGUAAAAUUUACGCUGUUGCACUAGAUGAACUUGAUGAUGAGCAUUUCAAUGACCGAGUCAAAGCGAGCAGACCACAUGACCGGUUACUCACUGCAAUGGAAGCCCAAAAACCAGACCAAAAUGUAGUGGAACAGGCACUCAACAUGCUGCGCACAAACAGAGAAACUCUAAAAGCAUUGAAAACGCAAUUAGUAGCAGAACAAGAGGCAGGCAAAGAUCGCAUGGCCGAACAGGCUGAACGCAUAGCCACUCUACGACACAAUCUACGCAACGUGCGACUACUUAAUGAAUUAGAGUUGCGUUUAGUGCAACGCUGGGAGGAUAAUCGCUAUACACAAGCGAGCAUAGUUGGUGGCAAUGAGGAGCGCACAUUGCAACAGCAAAUCGAUGAACUAAGCGGCCGCUUGGCCGGUGAGGAACGCAUCAUUGUUGCGGUGGAUAAAUUCCGUGUGAAACAAUUUGCCGAUUUGAAUGCGCAGAUAGAAGCAUGGCAGCGAAAGUAUAAGCGCGUAAUGGAGAUCAAAUGCGAAGAGACCGAGGCUAAAGAGCGUAAAAUACUGAAGUUGCAAAAGUCACUGGAGAGACAUCGAGAAACAUAUGCUGCAAGGCAAAAAUUCGUGCGUGACUAUUUGGCCGAGAAGGAAGUGGAGCGUCAGUUGUACGAGCAACAAAUUUAUCGUGUGGAAUGCGCUGUGCGGAUACAGGCCUGGUGGCGGGGGUUGAUGGUGCGGCGAGGUCUUGGGCCUUUCAAGAAGAAAACCAAAAAGGGUAAGAAGGGAAAGGGCAAACCCAAAUAA